AUGAAUGGAGCUGGUAAUCCCAAUAUGGUCAGCAAUAUCGUUCAUAAGAAUAGACAUUUGGAAUGGUUCUUUGUUUACUUUGGAUACUCUAAAAAUGAGAGAAAAGGAUUUGUAGGUGUGAAAUUCACUGGAGGUAUUGAAACUAUUGAAUACAACAAUGUCAAUCAUUAUUACACUCCUUACUUCUACACAUUUGUUGGAAAGGAUAAGCAAUUCCCAGGAUUUAAUGGUAAAAUUGGAUAUGUCAACUUUGCUUUGGGAAGUGGCACUUUCAGAAAGACCCCAGAUUUCAAACACCCUAAUGAUGUCUUCGGAUUCGAUAAAGGAGAAUCAACUCUCCUAAAGAAACCAGAGUCAAAGAAACCAUAACCUAUCACAGAUGAAACUGGUGAAAAGUAAUUACCAAAUGCUCACAAUGAAAAUAGUCCUAAAGUGAUCAAAGAAUUCAGAUCUGAUGUUGCCUUCACUGAAUAUGGUUACGGAUUUUGGGCAAGAUUCUUAACUGCUUACCCUGUCAAAUUACCAAAUGGUAAGAAUGCCCCAUGGUACUUUAUGGCUAGAUUGACACAACAUGAAAAUUAUGACAAUAUCAGAAUGGGAGACAGAAUCUUGGCAAUCUGGUAAGGACAAGGAUAUUAUCAUUUCACUACCAACAAUGUUCAACCAGCCAAUCCAAAUGUGAUCAGAAAUAUCAACUACCCAUCUGAUAUUGAAGGUCUUUGGACACAUUUCUAUUUCUCUUACUCAAAUACAGGAAAGGCUGUUGCAAUUGUCAAAUUUGGUGACUUGGAUCCAGUGUCAGCCGAAUUCCCUGUAAAACACCCUGAUUUGAAAUAUCUUAAAUUUAUUUUGGGUGGAAAAGAUUAAAAUAGAUACCCAGGUUUCAACGGACAAUUCACCUAAGUAGUCUACUCAACUUCAGUGGGUGCAUUCAUUGAUUCUGUUGAUAGUCACAAAAAGUUCUUUGCUGAUAAGGCAUCUCCACUCAAAGGAGGAAAGGUACCACUUUCAACUACAAGAAUCAUUGAUUCCCAAGUUGAUAGACAAGCUAACUCAGAUCCAACCAAGACAACAGUCGACACCGUGUUCCCUAAAGAAUAUGCCUUCUCUGGUUGGUUCAAAUGGUCAUAACCUACUCCAUAAUAAGCUUGGCACAAUCUUUUCAGAGUCUAAAUUUCUUAACCAUCAACAGACAGAAAUUUAGGAGAUAGAACUUUGGCUGGUUGGGUAGGAAAUGGAGGAAUCAUUCAUUUGACCACAUACUCAUACAGAAAUAUGAAUGGAGCUGGACCAAAUAAUUUGCCAUAAGAUAUUCCACACAAGAAUAGACACUUCGAUUGGUUCUUUGUUUACUUUGGAUACAACAAAAACGAUAAGCAAGGAUAUGCUUAUAUCAAAUGGAAGGACUCAGAUGACAACUUAGACUUCAAAGACAUUAACCAUUACUUUGCUAAUAGAUAUUAUGUCUUCACUGGUAGAGAUGCUUAAUUCCCAGGAUUUAAUGGAAAAGUCGCCUACGUUUCAUUCAAUGUAGGAGAGGGUGCCUCAAGAAGAGGAAGUGACUUCAGUCAUCCAGAUGAUGCAUUCAGAUUUGAUAAAGCUGGUUAAUUGAUUCCAAAAGUAGACCCAUCCAAACCAAAGGUUGAUGAGAAUACAGUUCAUGUCAACAAGGUUGAUAACAAUUCACCAAGAGUUGAUGAUGUUUUGAGAUCUAACGAUAAUUUAGUUGAAUAUGGUUACGGAUUUUGGGCUAGAUUCUUAACAGCUUAUCCAGUGAGAUUGAUAUACGGAAAGAAUCAACCAUGGUACUUUGUCUCAAGAUUGACCACUAAUGAAGAUUAUGAUAAUGUGAGAAUGGGAGACAGAGCAUUGGCUAUCUGGUAAGGAUAAGGAUACUAUCAUUUCACAACUUGCAAUAAACAAAAUGGAGCAGUCAAUGUUAUCCAAAAUAUCAACUACCCCAAUGAUAUUGAAGGAGUUUGGACAUACAUUUACUAUUCCUACAGUGCUGAAAAGAAGAAGGCUGUUGCAUUCAUCAAAUAUGGAUCAGAAGACUUUAAAUCCAUCACUCAUUAAGUUGUUCACCCAACCACACAAAGUGUUAGAUUUAUUUUGGGAGGCAUGGAUGAGAAGAGAUACCCAGCCUUUAAUGGUGUUUUCACUAAAGUUGUUUACUCACAUCAAGUUUGGAGUUUUUGUUGA